UGGGCCCCGCGGCUGUGCGGCGCCGGGCUGCGCCUCUUCGUCCAUGUGGCCAACACGGCUUUUGGACAGAUAUUCUUACUGCCGUUCUUAAUAAGGCUGAACAACUUCUCGCUCAUGCGUUCACUUGACAUUCACGAAGAUCCCACGUUUAUCCCGGAGGUUGCUGCAGAGGUUAGGGAAGACAAGUCUGAGGCUGAAAGCACUUCAGAUAUUAUCAAGCAGCUGCUCAAUGCAAGGUCUAAUUCUGCUAGCAAUGGGUUUAGCUUCAAAGGGAUCAAAGACUACCUGGACUGCUACUGGAGUGGGAAGCUGACGCCAUCCCAGGUAGCGAAGAACAUCAUUGCGGUGCUGGAGGACUGCGACAAAUCCAUGCCCCCACUCAGAGCAAUAGUGCAGUGGGACCAGGAGCAAAUAAUGCUGAUGGCUGAGGCCUCCACUGCUCGUUACAGGAAUAAAUGUACCCUGUCUUAUCUGGAUGGCAUCCCAGUGUGUCUGAAAGAAGAAUUCAAAGUGGUACCUUAUCAUCACCGAGUGGGAACAGUGUAUCUUGGGACAGAGCCCGAAACAGAAGAUGCUACUGUAGCCAAGAAGCUGCGAGAGGCUGGGGCGAUCAUUAUCGGGGUCUCAAACAUGCAUGAACUAGGGACUGGAACAACUGGAUGCAACCCUAAUAGGUACCACAAGAUCCCUAGGAAUCCCUACAAGCCUAACCACUUCACAGGAGGGAGCUCCAGUGGGUCAGCAGCAGCUGUAGCAGCGGGUCUCUGCCCGGUGGCUAUUGGCACAGAUGGAGGGGGCUCUGUGAGGAUUCCUGCUUCGUUCUGUGGUGUUGUGGGGCUGAAAGGCACAUUUGGGCGCAUCAGUUGUCAUGGCAGCCUGCCGCUCUCCUACUCCACAGUCAGCGUAGGCCCUCUCUGUACCUCAGUGACAGAUGCUGCCAUUGUUUACAGUAUCCUGGCUGAGCCAGAUCCACUCUAUCCAUAUGGACUGAAACAGCCCAAAGCAACCCUGUCUGAUAUGUGUGUUCCUGACCUGAAAGGCUUAAAGCUGGGAGUGGACUGGACAUUUUUUAAG